AUGAUUCAAUCAAAAUAAAUAAGAGUUUAUUUAACUAACUUAAUAAAAGAUCAUAAUAAUUAUUUUCUUUUUUUAAGGAUCCAAAAUAUGAACAACUCAUUAAACUAUUAAAUAUUCCCGUAAAUAACUAUAAUUAAGUAGGAUGAUACAGAGUUAAAUGAUAUUCAGGCAAAUAUAUAUUCAGAGUUCUUGGCCAUUAUUUUAUGUUAUAUAAUGAAACAUGAUUUAACUGUUUCCAUGUUUUACAGUUACAAAUUUAAAUUUAUCAAAACCAUUACGAUACAUCAUUAAAUGUGGAUGAAAUUUAUCUAACAUAAUGAAGAUUUAUUUUAGAAACUAUAAUAAAUUUAAUUUUCUUUAGAUUAAUUUACAUCCAUUAUAAUACAAAGGUAUAUUUAUAUAUUAAUGAUUUUUACAGUCAUAUUGAUAAUAUCCAUCUUAGAAAUCAAUUACUUGAUUAUCUUAAAUUUAAAUAGAAUCAAAAUAACUUUCCUAUUUACUCUAAAAUUAUUAUCAAUAAAAUACUUACUCUUUUACUUACUCCUAAUUUAAUUUAUUAUCAUUUACCUAUUAAUUUUGAAUCUUAUACUCUUGUCUUAGAUAUGGAUGAAACUAUUAUUUAUUAUGAUGGAGAUAAAGUUCAUCAACGUCCAUUCUUAUUAACUUUUUUAAAAUAAAUGAGCAGAAUAUAUGAAUUAAUUUUAUUCACUGCAGGCUUAGAAUCAUAUGCUAAUAGAAUUUUAAAUCAACUUACUAUUAAAAAAUACUUUAGUUAUCUUCUUUUUAGAUAACAUACUAAUAUUUAUUAAGAUUUCUAUGGAAAAGAUCUUAGAAAAUUAGGAAGAUUAUUAUCAAAAACUAUUAUUAUAGAUAAUACUCCUGAAUGUUUUAGUUUAUAACCAGAAAAUGGAAUAUAAAUUUAGACAUGGAAAGGAGAAUAAUCUGAUACACUUCUCUUAAUCUUAAUACCAAUAUUGAAAACUAUUAGAUUUAGUAAUAAAGAUAUAAGAAUGAAAUUAAGAGAAUAUAAAAAUUAUUCUGGUUUAAUAUUCCCUAAAUGA